CAUAAUGGCACGUAAAUUCACUCCUGAAGAUAUAAUAUCGCAAAACCUAAUCAAAUCAUCAGUACAGCGUGGAAUAAAAUUAGCGAUCGCAAACCAAUUUCCAGCUUUUAGAGGUACUAUCGACGAUGUACUCCCGAAAAAGGGACAGAUAAUAUUGGCUAAAUGCCAGGAUCAUCUGACAUUGUUACUUGUUGGAGGAGAAAUAACAUUCUUCCAAGUUCGCGAGGGACCAUGGAUUCCUACUAUGCGACUACUACAUAAGUAUCCUACUAUGAUGCCCACGAUGCAAGUAGACAAGGGAGCUUUAAAGUUUAUCCUCAGGGGAUCUAAUAUAAUGUGCCCUGGGCUCACUUCACCAGGGGGGCGUAUGGAUGACGUAGACAAGGGACAAGUUGUGCAAAUAACGGUUGAUGGAAGAGAACAUGCCUGUGCCGUUGGUGUGACCACUAUGUCCACAGCUGAAAUACGUGAAAAGAAUAAAGAUAUUUGUAUCGAGAACCUUCAUUACCUCAAUGAUGGGAUCUGGAAAUUUGGGUCUAUAUCAACAAACGCAUAAUGUAUAUUGUCAUUUAUU